CGGCGGCGGCGGCCGGGCCAUGGCGGGCGGGCGGCGGGCGCGGGGCACCAGGAGAUGCUUCAGUGGCGAGACCUCUUUCACAACGCAAGUUAGGAAUGAAAUCCAUUAACUGACAUCCCCUUCCUCACCCUGAUCUCCAGCAGACUUCCCGGAACGCUCGGAAGCGCAGGGUCAGGGGAGAAGGGUGGAAGGGCACCAUGAAGCUGAAGCAGCGGGUGGUGCUGCUGGCCAUCCUGCUCGUCAUCUUCAUCUUCACCAAGGUUUUCCUCAUCGACAACCUGGACACCUCGGCCGCCAACCGGGAGGACCAGCGCGCCUUCCAGCGCAUGAUGGGGAGCCUGCAGGUGGAGCUGGAGCCGCGGCUGGAGCACACGCUGCAGUCCCCCUGGGAGAUCGCUGCCCAGUGGGUGGUGCCCCGGGAGGUGUAUCCCGAGGAGACCCCCGAGCUGGGCGCUGUCAUGCACGCCAUGACCACGAAGAAGAUCAUCAAAGCCGACGUGGGGUACAAAGGCACCCAGCUGAAAGCUUUGUUGAUACUUGAAGGAGGGCAGAAGGUUGUCUUCAAACCCAAGAGAUAUGCCAGGGAUUAUGUGGUGGAAGGAGAACCCUACGCUGGCUACGACAGGCACAAUGCAGAAGUGGCAGCCUUUCACUUGGAUAGAAUCCUGGGAUUCCGGCGGGCCCCGCUGGUGGUUGGCAGGUUCGUGAACCUCCGCACGGAGAUCAAACCGGUGGCCACGGAGCAGCUCCUGGGCACCUUCAUGACUGUGGGCAAUAACACCUGCUUCUAUGGGAAGUGCUACUACUGUCGGGAGACAGAGCCAGCCUGUGCCGACGGGGACGUCAUGGAGGGCUCGGUGACGCUGUGGCUGCCGGACGUGUGGCCUCUCCAGAAGCACCGGCACCCCUGGGGCAGGACCUACCGGGAGGGCAAACUCGCCAGGUGGGAGUACGAUGAAAGCUACUGCGACGCUGUGAAGAAAACCUCGCCCUACGACUCGGGCCCUCGGCUGCUGGACAUCAUCGACACGGCCAUCUUCGACUACCUGAUCGGCAACGCCGACCGGCACCACUACGAGAGCUUCCAGGAUGACGAGGGAGCCAGCAUGCUCAUCCUGCUGGACAAUGCCAAAAGCUUUGGAAACCCUGCCCUGGAUGAAAGAAGCAUCUUGGCUCCUCUUUAUCAGUGCUGCAUCAUCCGGGUGUCCACCUGGAACAGGCUCAAUUACCUGAAGAACGGGGUGCUGAGGUCUGCCUUAAAAACCGCCAUGUCGCAUGACCCCAUCUCCCCUGUGCUCUCCGACCUGCACCUGGACGCCCUGGACCAGCGGCUCCUCAGCAUCCUGGCCACAGUGAAGCAGUGCACAGACCAGUUUGGCCCAGAUGUUGUGCUGGUGGAAGACAGGAUGACUCUGUCUCACUUGUAAUUGUAGCGGAACGCAGCUGGAACUUCUUUUUUUUUAAAAAAAACAAACAAACAAACAAACAAAAAGGCGAUAGAAAAACAGCACAAUCAGUUCAGAAGGGCUGUGGCCAAGAUGGACUGACAUGAACAGGAAGGCUCCCGAGCCAGAGGAACGGAGGUGACCGUGGCUUUUUCCGUGGGCUGGCAGCAGUGAGAGGUGGGAGCUGGGCCCUUGGAUGGCUCAGCACCUGGAACGGUAUCUUGGCCAUGGGGGCGUGUCCAUUGCCGGCAGUGGGCACUGCACUGGAUAAAAAUGGCUCUUGGUGUUGGUGGGAGUGCGUGGAAUACAGACACUAAUUUGGGGACUGAAUCCAGAGGGGACAAACGGAGAUGAACAGUCCAAUCCUCUCCCCUUCUCUUCCCCCAGGGUACUCUGGCGAGUUUGUCUGAUUCAGGGUUGUACACAAUCAGCUGUGAGCUGGUUGGGCAUUUUACUGCUUCUCUAGAGAACGAGGAAAGGGUGAAUAAAAUAAUUACUAGACUGAAGAGUUGUGCCACCCCCCCGGGGGUGGGAUGUUCUUCCAAAUGCCAUGAGGGUGGGAGAGGGGACCUCUGCUGCUCACUUGGCUUUUCCUCGAUAAAAGACUGGGAAAGGGGUUUGCCUCAUAUGUGAUAAUGCUUCAGUGUUUUGGCUGAAGUCCUAUCAAAGAUUUAUCCACAGGGUUGGAGAUUUAGGAGAGGACAGGGUGGUUACACAGCACUUGAUAAUUAAGGGGUUAUCCUAAGUUUCCAUGUGUCCUGUCACUGGUUUUUAAGGAAUCUGGCGAGGUCUGAGGGGAGAAAAUAUCCUUGCAGUCCUGUGUCCAUAUUAAAAACCGAACUUCCAUUCUGUUGUAGCUGAGGAGGAGCUCAGGCUCUGUCCUUGGAAGCAGGUUCUGUGCAGCAAGGCCGUGCUGCUUACUGUGAGCCCUGUGCUCUGUGGGGCCUCUGGGCGUGUUGGGCUGAGGAAGGAGGUGUUUGCUGGGAUUCCCGAGUUACCAGGAGUGACCUGGAGAGGAGAGACCCCUGAGCUGUGGUUGUUCUUCUCCAUCUCAUCUGAGACAGCUUCCUGCUGCUCCGUGUGACUGAUGGUUUUGCUGUAGAUGGGGAAGAGUUGGUGCAGGUUGGCUUUCCAGGGCAGGCUUGCAGCACUUCCAUCUUGUGCCGGUCCUGUCAUCCUUCAGCACUUCAGCCUGUGCUGCCCAUGAGCUUGUGGCCAUAAAACUUGUCCCCUUGGGAUAGAAUCCUGUGCCUCCAGGGGGAAAGCAGCUUCGUCACUGUUUUCAAAUUGAACAUCUUUGUGUCGGUGCUCAGUUCAGCUAGAGUGGCCCUUCAUGUAAGGAGAGAGCUCCCUUCCCAGAGUGAUUGUGGAUUGCUGGGCUUGGGAGCAAGGGCAGCAAAAUGUCAGUUCAAGGCAGUUUCCUUGAUUUGUCUGUCAGGAUCUCUCCAGCUCUGGUGGGCAGGGAGCUGCUUCCUGUUCUUGCACCCGGGCCACACCUGAUCCAAGAGUGUCAGGGAGAGAGUUCAUCUGAAAAGAGCAGGUUUGGUUUUUCUUCCUGCAUGAGCAGAGUAUCUUGAAAGCAGAACGUGACAGUUUACCUGGGACUGAAUUUUAUGUUCUUCUGUCUCUCUUCUGGGCUUGGCCACAUCACAGACCUGCCCAGAGGGAUGAGGUGAUGGGAUGGAGAUAUUUGGAUCUGGAGUUAUUUAUCGGAGGUACUAGUCAGGCUGGUAACGCACAGCCAGCUUUGAGGACACUGGUGUGAAGCUUGUGCCUGUUUGUCACCGUACUUGACAGCAGAACAGGCUGCAGGAGCUGUGGGUGGAGCCGUGGAGGUGCCCCUGGGGCAGGAGCGAGCACUGGCAUCAGCUGUUCCCCAGGAAAUUCCAGAUGUUUUACCCAAAGGGGAGAUGGUGAAGCACAGGGUGGUGGCUCGUAGCAUUUCUAAAAGCUUGUUCUUCUCUUUGAGCUUAAUCAUGAGCUCCUGGUAUUUUGGGAAGGAUCUACCAAAAUUUGAUGUUUUGAUUUCCAUGUGAUCACUCUUGAUAUUUACAUUUGAUUUAAUACUGGAUUCAAAAAAAGGUCUUUUCUGUCUCUGAGAUCAAAUUUGUUGACAACUUACAUAUUGCUCUAGGCUGAAACUUUUGCUGUCAAUGGAACACGGGGAUAAGUUUUUCCCCACUAUGAAUGUCAAAGAUUUAAAGCAGGGUAUUGGUUUAUUUUGGUUUACUUGUGAACAAAGGGCGUGAAGUCCGGCAUCGUCAGUAAGAGGAAGCAAGAAAUGGUUGGGUUUUUUGGGUUUGCUUUUUCCUUUGUGAUACUGAUGCUUCUGGUUGCUGUAACACCACUGGAGGUUGGUGUUCUGCAGCAGGAAAGGAGAAUAAAUUCCUCUCUUAGCCAAAAUCGGGAAGAUGUGAUUUUGACCUUGCGAUAAUUUCUGCCCUUUUGCAGAACCCUGAGAAAUUCUAAACUGUAACCAUUGGAAGGGAAAUGAGGAGCAGCAGCCACGUGCCAGCAGGGUCUGCUUGAAUCCCUGAAAAAUAACAUGGUUUGUGAGGCAGGUGCUGUGCUCUGUCGGUGAGGUUUUCGUGACACCUUCUGAUCCUUGUUCGCUGUGCGCGCUCGUCAUCCGCUGGCCCCAUAUGUUACACAGUGGUGGUGGUAGUGGUGUGGAGAUGGGUGAUACCAGAGUGCCUGAAGCACAGAAAUCAAGAACUAAUUAAAGAGAGAGCGCCAUCAGCCAUCUGCUGUUCACCUCCUCCCCCCUGAGCCAGCCGUGGGGUGGGGGAGACACUCGAGCCGGCUCCUCUUCCAGCAGCUGAUGAACUGGAGUGUGUCUUGCCAAACAAACUUCAACUGAAAAAUGCUAAUUUAUUAAGAAGGUAAUUUAUUUGCUGCGGCAGCUGGAGCAAGAUGCUGGAAAACAGACACCCCUCUUGGAGCUGUCAGAGGAUGCCCCUGGGAGCUGCUGCACAAAUGGAGGUUGCUAAUGAGCAAACAGAACGUUAUCGUGACUUUCUACUUGUAUCCCCCGGGGUCAGAUCCCACAUAAAGCAACAUUGUGUGAAUAAAGAUUUUAAUAAAGCAA